AUGUAUUCUCUGGCACACGUGGACCUCUUGGCAGGGAGAUUGACAGGUGAUGCAAUCGAGUGUUCAUGCAGCGACACAGCGAGAGACGACAGUGAGACCAAUACGUUUAAUCAUCCGCUAGAAGUGAGGCAGAAAGACUUUAGCUUUUUCCAGUGUAACGAUACGAGGAGCCUGCUGAGCACCAUCGUGUGUGACGGCCAAAGACACUGCUUGGACGGAGAAGACGAGGAAAAUUGUGGUGAGAAAAAUCAAAGCAAUCAAACGGGUUGCACCUCAGACGAGUGGCGGUGUAUGAAUAUCGGCCAGUGCAUUCUCCGGAGUGAUCGGUGUGACAGCAAGAAGGACUGUAUUGACGGCUCAGACGAGCUUUUCUGCGGAAACAGCACUUGUGGUGAAGGCCAAUGGCGUUGCUCCAGCGGACACUGCAUAUCUGAAAGUGGUCGCUGUAACUCUGUGUUCGAUUGCAUAGACAAGUCUGAUGAAAAGUAUUGCCGUGAUCACAAAUGCAGCUCAGAGGAAGUCAGAUGCAAAUCAGGACAGUGUGUGGCGAGAAAGGGUUGGUGCAACGGUACCAAGGAAUGUCCGGACGGUUCUGACGAACGACAAUGCGAGCAAAGGGAGUGUCGCCACGACGAGUUCCGGUGUGCGAGCGGCCAGUGUGUGCCCCUGAGCCACCGAUGUCAGGUCUUCUACGACCGUCACGACAGCUGUCUUGAUUUCUCCCAUGUCCUUAACUGCACUGAUGUGACGUGCGGCGAAGGCCAGACCAAGUGCUACCGUGGCCCGUGCUAUAACAAUGAGCUGAAGUGUGACGGGAGAGCACAGUGUCCGCAUACCUGGGAGGACGAAGAUAAAUGCCAAUUCAGGUGUUCAAGUGCAGGUGACAAAUGCGGGUGUUUGGAUCAGGAAGUCACGUGUUUCAACAUAAGCCUCACGGAGUUCCCUACCGUGCAGAACAACAUCAACAAGUACAUCUUCGCACACAACCGCAUCGGAGAGACAUUUGACAACCAGAAACGCAUCAAAGGCCACACCGACGUCAUAUUCUUGGAUCUAUGCCACAAUCACAUCAAGAGCCUGGGUGACGGUAUAAUGUCAGAAAUGGAACAGCUGCUGACACUGCUCCUUUGCAGCAACAACAUCACCACUAUCACCUACGGCAACUUCAAGGGCCUCACGAAUCUCCGUCACCUAGACCUGACGAUGAACCAGAUCAGCAGUAUAGAACCUAGAGGUUUCCACGGCCUCAGCACUCUCUCCAAACUGGACCUGAGACACCAGUACCUCGUCGAUAUCGCAGGAGACGCCUUCGUGGGACUCACCAGCCUGAAGAUCCUGCUCCUGUCUUACAACCGCUUAACCAACAUCACUCACCUAAACACCUUCGCCGGUCUGCCCUCCCUUGAAACACUACUGCUGUCUCACAACCGCAUCAAGACGAUCAAAUACCCCAGUACCUUCAAGGGCUUGCCUCUGCUCAGCAAACUGAUUAUGGACGAGAACCCGCUGGAGGAGGUGCCCCAGAUGCUGCUUGAGCCGCUGUAUAACCUCACCAUGCUGUCAACUCCCGAGUUCCGUUUCUGCUGUCUGCCUCACCACGCCGAGGUGUGUUUGCCACGAACUGAAGAAUUCUCCUCCUGCGAAGACCUCAUGUCCAAUAUGGUACUGCGCGUGUUCGUGUGGGUGGUGGGCUUCGUGGCGCUGUUCGGCAACUCCUUUGUCAUUGUGUGGCGACUCCUGUACCCCAGCGGCAGCAAGAAAAAUCACUCGAUGCUCUUCGUUAACCUGGCUAUCGGUGACCUGAUGAUGGGCGUGUAUCUCUUGAUAAUCGCGGUCACCGACAUCAGGUACCGAGGUGUCUACCGUCUGCACGAGAAGGAAUGGCGCAGCUCCUUCUUCUGCAAGUUUGCCGGUUUCCUCAGCACUUUCUCCUCCGAGGCAUCUGUCUUCACGUUGACUGUUAUCACGCUGGACCGCCUCACCAUCCUGCUGUCGCCAUACGGUAUACGACGAGUCCACGAAGGAUUGGCCAAGCGUGUGAUGAUCGGCGUGUGGUUGGUGUCUCUGCUCCUCGCCGCUGUGCCUCUCUUCGACAUGCCGUAUUUCAAGGACUUCUAUGGCCGCUCCGGUGUCUGCCUCGCCCUACACAUCACCAACGAGAAGCCGAAUGGAUGGGAGUAUUCCGUGUUUAUUUUUAUCGUGCUCAACCUUCUCUCCUUCAUGAUAAUCGCCAUCAGCUACAUUAGGAUCUACGUGGGCGCGAGGGACACGCCGCUGGAAUACGGCAGGAACAAACACGGCAAGGACAGGGAGAUGGGUCUUAGAGUGAGUUAUAUUGUGGGCACGGACGCCGCCUGCUGGCUACCCAUCAUCGUCCUUGGCAUCUCUUCCCUCAGUGGGCUGAAGAUACCGAGAAAGGUGUUCGCGUGGGUGGCGGUGUUCGUGCUGCCUCUCAACGCUGCCCUCAACCCGCUCAUUUACACCUUCUUCACGGACCCCGUCAGGAAGCGGCUCAAGAUCAUGCGAGAGAGUAUCAGCUCCUGGCACACACGUUCCACUCGCUCCUCCGUCAUAUCAGGUGUGCGCAUGACUUCCACAUACCGGGGACGGAUGACCACAGAUACGACAGACAUCCCGGUGCCGGUGAGUGACCCCAAGGUGAACACGAAGGCCGCCAUCUGCGUGUACACCCCCACCGCCACCGCCGCCACACAGGUCACGCACUUCAUCCACGACCCACCGGACCACGGAGCGAAGAAAUUGGACGACCACCCCAAUCAAAACGGCAACGACGCCAAACAUAUCCUCGACCGUACUGAGCCAGGGUCCGACGGGGAGAGGGAGGCCAUCAUCCCUCUGGAGACACUGACGGCUAACAGACCUGCGGCGCUCAGGACGUCAGGGAGAUAUGGGAGGAAAAAAAACACGGUUGACCAACGAUAUGAUUGAAGAAAGAGAGAAAGUGUGUGAGAGAGUGAGAAAGAGAGAUAUGCUUGUUUUUAUACUAUCAUCGUAGCAGAAAACGAGUCACGAGUCACGAGAUAUCCUUUCACUCCCAUUCCAUCGCCUUCAGAGAGAACGUUGGUUUUUUUUUUUUUUUUUCUAACGAGGGGAAACUAUAGUGGUUCUCCCAGCGAUUCGCCUCAUCCCAUCUGCUUCACACAUCAACGCCGUCACUGUCACUCCUCACUGCCGCCGCCGCCGCCGCCGCCACAACACUGUUUCCUUCGUAGCUUGAGUUUGGGUCACGCUGAUUGUAUUCCAGUUUCAAUCUCCUUAUUUUUUAGUGAUUAGUUUUUAUGUAAGAUUUGUCUACCAUUUUUUUCUCAGUAUUUUGAUGGUGUGUGUGUGUGUGUGUGUGUGUGUGUGUGUGUGUGUGUGUGUGUGUGUGUGUGUGUGUGUGUGUGUGUCUAUGUGUGUUAAGCCAAAUGUUCUGUUAUAUUUAGCUGAGUGUUCGUUCAAUCCACAUUUUCUCCUUGUUCUUGAGUAAACGUCCUCUUUAUCUUAAUUCAGACCAUUCCGGUUAGGAUUGCUCUGUAUUGGCAUGAGUCAUUGUCACUAAGCUUACAAGUUAUCUGUUAUGAUUUUUUUUUUUUUUUUUUUUUUUUCCCAAAGUCACUUACUCUUCCAUUGUUAGUAAAGUAAUGUCAAAUGUAUACUUUUCUUCUUUUUCGUUGCUGCUUUAUUUUAUAAAUUUAGGUUAUAUUUAAUAAUCAUCUCUCCUUUAAGAUGAGCCAGCCAACUCCGAUUUCAACUUGAUACGUGACCAUAAUUUUUUAUAGGAAAUUUAUACUUUUCUUAAUAUGUUUUCUGAUUUUUUGUUGAGGUGAUUGCAGACACACACACACACACACACACACACACACACACACACACACACACACACA